AUGGUAUUCUUUCAAAUACAAGAACGUCUUCCAAUUGUUUGGUCCAAAGAUUAUAAUGUGGCAUUUUGCGGAUUACAAUGUUUAUAUCCAUUUGAUACAGAAAAAGGACAACAUGUUCUACAGCUUCUUAAAGUAUCAGGACUCGUUAAAGAAGACAAUAUUUACCGGCCUCUUGAAAUGAAUGAAGAUGAGCUUUUGGAAGUUCAUUCAUUUGACUACUUACAAAGUCUUAAGAUCAGUGACAAUGUUGCCAAAAUCGCAGAAAUUCCUUUAUUACAUUUUGUACCAAAUGUUUUCGUUCAAUCAAGUUAUUUGAAACCAAUGCGUUUUCAAGCUGGUGGAACUGUAAAAGCAUGUAAAUUAGCUCUUAAACAUGGUUGGGCAAUUAAUCUCGGUGGUGGAUUUAAUCAUUGUAGCUCUGAUCAUGGUGGUUCUUUUUCACCAUAUGCUGAUAUGUCACUUGCAGUAAAAUCAAUACUUUUAGAUCAAUCUAAUAAUGUACGACGUAUUAUGAUAAUUGAUUUGUCAUCACGUCAGGGCAAUGGACAUGAACGUGAUCUUAUGGAUAUAAAAUCAGUUUAUAUAUUUGAUAUGUAUAAUCAUACAUUGUAUCCAAAAGAUGAACAAGCAAAAAUGGCUAUAUCAAGAAAAGUUGAAUUACCAUCACAUACAGAAGAUGAAGUAUAUUUAAGAAAAUUAAGAAUAAAUUUACUGAAAGCUUUUGAAGAAUUCACACCAGAUUUUGUUUUAUAUAAUGCUGGAACUGAUGUUGUAGAAGGAGAUGAUUUAGGAGAACUUUGUGUUUCACCAUCUGGAAUUGUUGCACGUGACGAAAUUGUGUUUACAAAAGUUCGAGGAUUACAAAUACCAAUAGCAAUGGUAUUAGGUACAGGAUUUGUUAGAUCAUCAGCUGAAAUAAUUGCAAGUUCAAUAAUUAAUUUGAAAGAGAAAGGAUUUCUACCCUCAAAAAUGUGGGAACGUUAA